AUGAUUGCAACAUGGGGCCUGGUAUUGGUGACUGUAGUGCUGGGCUUGACUGGCGCAAGCCCUGUCCCCACUUCCAAACCUGCCACAACCAGGAGGGGCUGCCACAUUGGCAGGUUCAAAUCUCUGUCUCCACGGGAGCUGGAUGCCUUCAAAAAGGCCAAAGAUGCACUGGAAAAGCGGCUCAGGUUGAAGAAAUGGAGAUGCAGCUCCUAUAUCUUCCCCAGCACCUGGGACCUGAGGGACCUUCAGGUAUGGGAGCGCCCUGUGGCUUUGAAGGCUGAGCUGGCCAUGACGCUGAAGGUCCUGGGGACCGUGGCUAACUCAGCUCUUGGGGCCAUCCUGGACCAGCCCCUUCACACACUGCACCACAUCCACUCCAAGCUCUGGGCCUGUGUCCCGGUUAACCCCACAGCAGGUCCCAGACCCUGGGGCCGCCUCCACCGCAGGUUGCACAGGCUCCAGGAGGCCACGAAGAAGGAGUCCCGAAGGUGUCUCCAGGCCUCUGUCAUGUUCAACAUCUUCCGCCUCCUCACACGGGACCUGAAAUGUGUCGCCAGCGGAGACCAGUGUGCCUGAGAACUGGACCCACCCCGACCCACCUGAGACCCCAGACCUUAUUUAUGCACCAAGCCCCACCCUUGC